GAUUAGUGCCUUGUUUUCACUCAUGAUAUACCAAGAAUAAAGUGAGUCAAAACCUCUUUCAUUAUGUCUGCCACUGGCUUUUUUGGGCGACUAUCUUCCAGAACUUGGCCAAUUCUUGCGGCUGCUGUGUAUGCCAGUGAAGACAUUAACAGAGAGGAAAGCCUGCAAGCUAGUUGUGCUCAGAAAGAAGUUCACCCAUUCCGUGAUUUAACUGUGAGAAUCAUUGGAGCUAAAAAUAUACAGGGAGCAGACUUGCUAUCAAAAGCUGACUGCUAUGUAGUGCUACGACUGCCUACAGCAUCAUCAUCUCCAUUACAAACAAGAAUGAUUUCCAAUGACAACAAUCCAGUAUGGAAUGAAACAUUUUGUUAUCGAAUUCACAGUGCUGUGAAGAAUGUGUUGGAACUGAGUCUUUAUGACAAGGAUAUUUUCCUCAAUGAUCAUCUAUCCUCUGUUGUGUUUGAUAUUGAUAAACUGAAACCGGGAAAAAUUACUCAAACCUUCCCUUUAAACCAACAGGGCUCUGAGCAACUGGAUGUAGAGUUUGAAAUUAAAGAGAGCAAUGAACCCACUGGAGAAGUCUUCAGCAAUGGGGCAAUUGUGACUCGCCAGUGUAUUUUCGUUGAAGGCAGAUUCAAAGAAGAAAAUAUAUUUCAAAGGCAAAUAGCAAAUCAGACGUGCAGAGUAACUGUUGAAGGAGCCUAUCAAGAUAUGUUAUGUACCCCAUCUGAGGAUGCUGCAAGGUCUGACUCCAGGGAAAACUUCUGCUUUUAUAUGGAUCCAAAGUUGCAGACCAAGAUGGAGGUUAAUGUGGCUGAUUUCUGGACGGUACUGCAGGAUUAUAUAAAUCCUGAAACUGAGACACAAACCAGUGAUACAGCCUCUGCAUCAGUACCUCUGCAGGAUCUUCCCACUGGAGUGGAAGUGAAGCUUGAAUUUCCUAUAGGAAAGGGCCUGCCAGUGUAUUUGAAGGCUACUGAACUCUCUGGAGACCUUGAUGUACGUUUGGGUUUUGACCUGUCUAAGCAGGAGAAAGAGUUUCUGAACAAGAGAAGGGAUGUGGUUUCCCAGGCAAUGAAGAAGGCAUUAUCUUUGAAUGUAGUACCAGAGGAGGUACCCGUGGUGGCUGUUGUGGGGUCAGGUGGUGGAACCAGGGCAAUGACAUCACUAUAUGGUAGCCUUUCAGGGUUGCAAGAUUUGAAUCUGCUGGACUCAGUGACUUACCUGUGUGGUGUUUCAGGAUCCACUUGGUGUAUGUCAACAUUGUAUGAAGAUGCAAAGUGGUCAUGUAAACAGCUGCAGGGCGCUAUCAACUGUGCCCGUGAGAAUGUGGCCAGCAGCAAGGCAGCUGCCUUUUCCACAGAACGUAUAAAGUACUACUUUCAAGAGUUGACAGAAAAGCAGAAAAUGGGAGAGUGUGUUUCUUUCACAGAUUUAUGGGGCCUUGUUUUGGAGUACUUCCUGCAUGGAAAGGAGAACCCAGCCAAGUUAUCCCACCAACAGGAGGCAGUACAGUGGGGACAGAAUCCCUAUCCAAUCUAUGCCAGUGUAAACGUUAAGAAUGACAUGGAUACAAAAGACUUUGCAGAGUGGUGUGAGUUUACGCCUCAUGAAGUUGGCUUUCCAAAAUAUGGAGCUUUUGUACCAGCUGAGGAUUUUGGAAGUAGGUUCUUUAUGGGACGACUUAUUAAAAGAUACCCAGAGUUCCGCAUUCCUUUUUUGCAAGGAAUAUGGAGCAGUGCUUUUGCUGUUAACCUAGAUGAAAUUUGGCAAGGAAUGAUCGGUACCGAUUCGUCUUGGCUAAAUACCAUUCAAGAUGCCAUUAAGGUCACAGCUGAUAAUUUGAACCUUGGUUUACUGGAAAGUUGUGAACUUCAUACACGACUGAUUACUCCAUCUACUGCAUUUUCCCGGGCUUUGGAGGAAAUUUUCAAGUCUCGUCUUACAGCAAGUGAAAAUUUCAACUUCCUUCAGGGAUUCUACUUGCACAGGAAGUACAAGAGGAAUAGUGAUUUUGUUGCCUGGAGAGACACAGACAUGGAUGCUUUCCCUAAUCAACUGACUCCAUCAGCAUCAUGCCUGCACCUGAUAGAUGGGGGUUUAUCAAUAAAUUCUGCAUUUCCAUUAGUGCUGCGGCCUGAACGGAAGGUUGAUAUUAUUUUGUCUUUUGAUUACUCCUGGGACGGUCCAUUUCAGGUACUACAGCUGACAGAACAGUACUGUGCCGAACGUGAGAUUCCUUUUCCUAAAAUUGACUUGAGUAAUGUUGAUGUGGAAAAUGACUUGAAGGAGUGCUACAUGUUUGUCGAUGAAGAAAAUCCUCAUACUCCCAUAGUGCUUCACUUUCCACUGGUGAAUGACACAUUCAGGGAAUUCAAGUCUCCAGGACUCAAACGCCAGUCACCUGAAGAGAAAUCCUAUGGAGACUUUAUCAUUCACACUAAUGAUUCUCCUUACCAGACUCUGAGAUUCACUUACACCCCAGAAGACUUCAACAGGCUUGUGGAUGUAAAUCAUUACAAUGUAUGCAACAAUAAGGAGACCAUUCUGAAAGCUUACAGACUUGCCAUGACCAGAAAACAAGAGCAAAAAAAGUGAAGAAUGGUGAACCUAAUGUGAUGAAUCAAAGGCCAUGUGAUAUGCUGCUUAAAAUAAUUAUUUCUCUUACUGAAUACCUACUUUUGUUUUGUAGAGUUACUACUACUUCAGUCAGUUUAAAGUAUCAAGCAUUUCCAACCUUAUUUACUUAAAGAAAAUUUCAAUUUUAAUGGCUUUAGAAUACUUUUUUGUUAUUUCAUGAAAAGACUUUUUUAUUGGAACUAGAUAAGCAUUUUCAAGAGAAAGUCUGACUCAUCUGUAAGUGCAUAUUUGCUUGGUAGCCCUGAGAAAAUAUUUUUUACCUAUUUUUGGGUUAUGCUUGUUAUCUAUAAAUGUCAGAUCGAUAUCGUAUCCAAAAGUAAAAAACUGCUGCAAUUCAGCAUGUUUAUUCAUAAUAAAUGCAAUGGGUGAUA